GAGGCUGGGUGACCUCCUGACCAGGAUUCCUGUCAUCUUGUGAUUCAAAGAUUCCCAUUUAUUUAUUUAUUUUUCCUGCCAAUAGGUCAAUGCCUCAGACCGAUAAGCAAAUAUGCAUCCCGCCAGAGCUGCCGGAAUUGCUGAAGCAGUUCACCAAAGCCGCCAUCCGGACCCAGCCACAAGAUCUCAUCCAAUGGGCUGCUGAUUAUUUUGGAGCCAUGUCCCGUGGAGAGAUUCCCCCCGUGAGAGAGCGGUCUGAGCGAGUGGCUCUGUCUAACUGGGCAGAGCUAACACCUGAGCUGUUAAAGAUCCUGCAUUCUCGGGUUGCUGGCAGACUAAUCAUCCAUGCAGAUGAGCUGGCCCAGAUGUGGAAGGUGCUCAGCCUCCCAACAGAUCUGUUUAAUAGCGUGAUGAAUGUGGGUCGCUUCACAGAGGAGAUCGAGUGGCUAAAGUUUUUAGCCCUUGCUUGCAGUUCUCUUGGAGUUACCAUUGCCAAAACUCUCAAGAUAGUGUGUGAAGUUUUAUCAUCUGACCAUGAUGGGGGACCUCCCAGAAUCCCUUUUAGCACCUUUCAGUUUCUCUACACGUAUAUUGCCGAAGUGGACGGGGAGAUCUCGGCCUCGCAUGUCAGCCGAAUGCUAAAAUACAUUGAACAGGAAGUAAUUGGUCCUGAUGGUUUAAUCAAGGUGAAUGACUUUACCCAAAACCCUAGGGUUCGGCUGGAGUAAAAGCACGAUUCUGGCAAUUUUAAAGGAAGAUACAGAGAUGAUUGUGCUUCAGAAUGAGUGAACCCCAUUCACCAUCCAGUGUCAAUUUUCUUGUACAACUGGUACAUGCUAAUAAACAAUUAGGCAAACAUACUAAAUCAGAAA